AUGUUGCAGCCUGGCACUUGUCUCUCUGCCCCAAACGGCUCACUUCAUACUCAGGACUACGAAGCGGCCAUGGCGUGUUUGCUCGAAGGGAUGCAUUACACCGAGCCCCUGGAGCUUCUGCAGUUGCUUCGCGGCGUGCUUGCGGAGGUGAUCAAGAAAGAGGAGGCUGCUGCAGAGUCUGCGAAGGAAUCUCGUGCAAGGAGAGGGUCGGGAUUCAGUUCGAAGCAGGCAGAUUCAGAAGCGUCUACGCAGGAAAAGGACCCCAAAGAGGCGGCUACCCGGCGCUGGCGACGAACCCUCCGUGCAGUCUUCAACGCCGAGGCCGCCAUGGCAAUGUUGGGUGACCUGCAGCAGAUGUACAAGUCGGAGGAGUUUGAGAGGGCCGCCCGUGGACUCAACGUUCGAUGGAGGGGCACUGGGAAGCUGUACGCUGAGAAGAUGGCAGACAUCGAGGAGCUUUGCUUGAAGGAGUGUCGGCUUGGCUCAAAACCCUCGGGGCCAAAUACCCCACAAGUCGUGGCAAGAGAGGACAUGCCCCGAAGACGCAGGAGCGGAGCCACCGUCGCCGUAGCAGCCACACAGGUCACCUCGGGACUCUCUCCGACUGCAGACGAUGAGGAGCGGUCCAUGCGCACUCAAGUCUUCGAGAAGACAAAGAUGUGCAAAUUCCAUAUUUUGGGCGCCUGCACCAAGGGUAGCAGCUGCCGUUUUGCGCACUCCCAGUCGGAGUUGCAGUGCCUUCCCGAUCUGGCGUGCACCAAAUUGUGCAAGACUUUGAUCGCAACUGGUGGCUGUGACAAUCCCGACUGCCGAUAUGCUCACAGCCAGGAGGAGCUGCGGCCAUUACCCUUCCCCGAUGUCGAAAGGGAGCAGGAGAUGCGGCACUUUGAACUGCCGCUGGCCGCGGGCGAGGUCCGACCUGGUGUCCGGCGCAGCUCCUCAGCUAUGUCAAUGUCAGCACUCCAGAAGGACAAGGCAUACCAGACCUUCAUGCAGAUCGGUCAGGCAGCGCAGGCACACGCAGCAGAGGCUCGGCGCCUGCAUGCCGCUGCGGCAGAGAUCCAGGCUGCUCACCUGGCCGACGACGCGCCGUACUACAUGAAUCAAAUGGGUCUGGACACCAUGAGCAUGCACGGGCAAGAGGAAUGCGGGCCCGCGGAUUGCAUGGAUUGCCUUUGGGCAGGGAAUACGACGCAGUCGACGAAUGCAGAGUCUGGGCAAUCGUUGUCUCUGCGACUGCAGGCUUGGCGGCGGAAGCCACGCAGGGCCAUUCGCGCCUUAAGUGCCGGCUGGGUGGAUGCUUGCAAGACUCUUCAGGCACUCCUGCAAGGCGACGUUCAGACAAAUGUGUAUCACUUCAACGCGGUCUUGGGUGCUGUUGGUCGGACGCAGCGAUGGCCGCGGGCACUCCAGAUGCUGUGCAGCAUGCUACAUGCAGAACAUGCCGACUUGGUCAGUCUGAACACCGUCAUUCAUGCCGGCGAGAAGCAGCAGUGGCAGAUGGCGCACUCACUCCUCUGCUUGCUGCAAGAUCUCGGUGGUGUACCAAACACCAUCAGCUACAACAGCUGUAUUAGUGCAUGUUAUGGCGUCGCGUGGCCCCGUGCUCUGCAUCUUGUGGAUUCGAUGGUCUCUUGUACCGCAACCCUUGAUGUGAUUACAUGCAACUCUGUCGGCCGUGUAUGUGGCAUCGGCGACUGGAAGCGGUCAGCGGCUUUUAUGCAGAAGCUGACUUCGAAAGUCAUCCUGCCAGAUGCCAUCAGCUAUAACACUGUUGCAAACUCUCUGGAAGACGGUCGCUGGAGCCGGGCCUUGGCAAAUCUACCUCGCAUGCGGCGGUCUGCUUUGCGACCCAGCUCGGUGUCCUUUGGCACACUCAUGAAGCUUUGCGAGGACUGGGAGCUGGCAUUCGGCACCUUGGCAGUCAUGCGCAGUGCCGCAGUUCCCUUGACUAUCGUGGUGUCUGGGAGUGCAAUCGCCGCUUGCUUCAAGCACGCGCUUUGGACAGCUGCGUUGCAACAGCUCGCCACACCGGGACGGCGCGAUGCCUCAGAGGUUGUUUGCUACAAUGCUGCCAUGACGGUUUGUGGGCAGUCCCAGAAGUGGAGAGCGGGACUUCGACUACUUCAGAGGAUGGGGCAGAGUCGUCAGGCGGAGACGGCCGUCACAAAGUCCGCUUUUUUCCUAGUGGCUGGGGAGCGGCUUGGCCGUUGGCGCCAGGCUUUGGACAGGGGCCUGCGCAGGAUGAAAGGCACCACAGCCCUCACGCCCAGGAUCAUUGCAUGCAGCAGCCUCCUGGCCUUCUUUAGUUUUCCUCCGUUCUUGCGCCAGUCAUAUUCUACCUACCGAUCGCGCGGUUUUGUCGAUGUCAGCUUUGGUGAAGGCGCCCUGGGAGCCUGUGAAGACUCGGAGAGGUGGGCAGAGGCUUUAGAUGUCCUUCGGGGUAUGAAGACAGAUGGCCUCUCGCCAAACGUCUUCAGCUACAGCAGUGCUAUCAGCGCCUUGGAAAAGCGUGCACGGUGGGUUCUGUCACUGCAUCUCUUGCACCAGAUGGAGGCUCAGGGCGUGGCACCCAAUGAAAUCAGCUACAGCGGCGCCGUGGGUGCUUGCGAGAAAGCUGCCUCUGGCUGUGACUUGCAAGCUGAACUACCAGAACGCUUCCUACCUUUGGAUCUAGGCCAGCUGCUUGGAGUUCAGGGUUCGCUGGGUCCACAGCCCAAACCGCUUCGGUCAGUCGCGUCUGCAGCUGGGCGCCUCUGCUCCCUUGGUGGCCAAGAUACGGAGGAGAUGCAGCCAGAGGCGGUUCCCCUUGCACCGCUGAGCCGGCCUCGUGCAGAUGAGCCUGUGCAGAUCAAUCUGCACAGCUUGCGAUCUCUGAGUGGCAACAACCUGGUAGGGAUGGCCGAGGACACGGACAAUGAUGGUCUCGGUGGGCAGCGGCCUUUCAGAGCAGUCCAGAGUUCCCCAAACUAA